AUGCGGGCGGCCGGGAGGCUGGCGGCGCUGCUCUUCCAGCUCUCGCUCUUCGUCACCGGCUCCUGGGAAGGUCGUCUCCACCCCAGACAAGAAGCCUUGGUGAAGACCCUGGCCUCCUACGAAGUGGUGAUCCCGGCGCGGGUCAAUGAGUUCGGAGCCGUGUUUCCCCAGAACCGCCACUUCAGCCGGAAGAAACGCAGCUCUGGGACGCCGGAGCCCGCGCCACUCAGGGCCCUCUACCGCAUCAGCGCCUUCGGGCAGCUCUUCCAGCUGAACCUGAGCGCGGACGCCGCCUUCCUGGCGGCCGGCUACACCGAGGUGCACCUGGGGACGCCCGGGCAGCGCGGCGCGGCGCCCAGCGACCUGCGCCACUGCUUCUACCGCGGCCAGGUCAACGCGCGCGAGGACCACACUGCGGUCGUCAGCCUCUGUGGCGGCCUGGUGGGAACAUUUAAAGCGCAUGAUGGUGACUAUUUCUUAGAACCCAUCAUGAAAGCAGAUGGGAGUGACCAUGAAGAUGACCACAACAAACCUCAUCUGAUUUACAGGCAGGAGUUAAAAAGGACUUCUCUUCUACAGUCUCACAGGCCUUGUGCAGUUUCAGACAAUCAAGUAAAGAGAACUGCUUUACCAUUUCAAAACUUCAGUGGUACAAGUGAUCUUAAUAUGAAGAAGGAAAUAACAGUGGAAGAUGAAAGAAGCCAGUUACAUUCCAGGAAGAGACGUUUUUUAUCAUACCCACGAUAUGUGGAGGUCAUGGUGACAGCCGAUGCUAAGAUGCUUCAUCACCAUGGGCAGAACUUGCAGCAUUAUGUCCUCACUCUUAUGUCCAUCGUUGCAGCAAUCUACAGGGACCCAAGUAUUGGAAACCUCAUAAACAUAGUGAUUGUAAAGUUGGUUGUAAUUCACAGUGAGCAGGAAGGACCAGUAAUCAGUUUUAAUGCAGCCACCACAUUACGCAACUUUUGCUUAUGGCAACAGACCCAGAAUAUCAUGGAUGAUGCACACCCUUCCCACCAUGACACUGCUGUUCUCAUCACUAGGGAAGACAUUUGUGGAGCUAGAGAGAAGUGUGACACGUUAGGCUUAGCAGAACUAGGGACCCUGUGUGAUCCUUUACGGAGCUGCUCCAUCAGUGAAGAGAAUGGACUCAGUGCUGCCUUUACCAUAGCUCAUGAACUUGGGCAUGUAUUUAAUAUUCCACAUGAUGACAGUUUUAAAUGUAAAGAAACUGGAACCAAGCAUCAGUAUCAUGUGAUGGCUCCAACUCUGAAUUACCACACGAGUCCUUGGACCUGGUCAAAAUGUAGUCAGAAGUACAUCACUGAAUUUCUAGACACUGGUCAUGGAGAAUGCCUUCUUGACAAACCAAAUGGGAGAAUAUAUGACCUGUUUCCACAGCUUCCUGGCCUGAUGUAUGAUGUGAACAAACAGUGUGAACUUAUGUUUGGUCCUGGGUCUCAAGUGUGUCCCUAUUUGAAACAGUGCAGGCGUCUCUGGUGCACAAGUGCAGAAGGAACCAAUAAGGGCUGUCGCACUCAACACAUGCCCCUGGCAGACGGAACACACUGUGGUCCUGGGAUGCAUUGCCACCAUGGGCUGUGUGUAAACAGAGAAAUGGAGUCUCGUCCUGUGGAUGGUGAAUGGGGACCUUGGGGGCCUUACAGUUCUUGUUCAAGAACCUGUGGUGGUGGAAUCAAAAGCACAACAAGACUCUGUAAUCGUCCUGAGCCAAGAAACGGAGGAAAGUACUGUGUGGGCCGCAGGAUGAAAUUUCGAUCAUGUAAUACUGAUUCAUGUCCAAAAGGCAAGCGAGACUUUCGAGAGAAGCAGUGCUCUGACUUUGAUGGUAAACAUUUCAACAUCAAUGGUCUUCCCCCUAAUGUGAGGUGGCUUCCAAAGUACAGUGGGAUUGCCAUAAAAGAUCGUUGUAAACUCUACUGUCGUGUUGCUGGGACCACUAGCUUCUACCAGUUGAAGGACAGGGUUGCUGAUGGUACUCCUUGUGGGACUGAGACUAAUGACAUCUGUGUUCAAGGCCUUUGUCGGCAAGCAGGCUGUGACCACGUGUUAAACUCCAAGGCCAAGAGAGACAAAUGUGGCGUGUGUGGUGGAGAUGACUCUUCAUGUCAGACAAUGGCAGGUGUCUUCAGUAGUGCCCAUUAUGGUUAUAAUGUCAUUGUAAAGAUUCCAGCAGGAGCAACAAACAUUGAAAUUGUUCAGCAUAGCUAUUCUGGAAAACCAGAAGAUGACAAUUACCUUGCAUUAUCUGACACCCAGGGGAAUUUUCUUUUGAAUGGAAAUUUUGUUGUAAGUAUGUCAAAAAAAGAAAUCAACAUCCAUGGAGCCAUAUUUGAAUACAGUGGAUCAAACAAUGCGAUUGAAAGAAUUAAUAGUACUGACCGGCUGGAAGAAGAACUUGUUUUGCAGGUAUUAUGUGUAGGUAAUUUGUAUAGCCCUGAUGUACGCUAUUCCUUCAACAUCCCUGUGGAAGACAGAAGGGAUCUUUUUACAUGGGAUCCAUAUGGACCAUGGCAAGACUGUACGAAGAUGUGCCAAGGUCUUCAUAGAAGAAAAGUUGUCUGCAUACGUAAGAGUGACCGUAUGGUUGUGUCUGAUCAGAGUUGUGACCACUUGCCACUCCCCUUGUUUGUGACUGAAAGGUGCAAUACAGACUGUGAACUAAGGUGGCACAUCAUUGGAAAAAGUGAAUGUUCCUCCCACUGUGGCCAGGGAUUUAGGUCCUUGGAUGUCCACUGCAUGAAGUAUUCCAUCCAUAAAGGACAGACUGUUCCAGUAGAAGAUUACUACUGUGGUGACCAAAUCAAACCUCCUACCCGAGAGCCGUGCCAUGGCCACUGUGUCUUAGGAAGGUGGCAUUACUCAGAAUGGUCCCAGUGCUCCAGAAGUUGUGGAGGAGGACAGCGGACUCGAGAAUCGUAUUGUAUUGAUAACUUUGGUCAACGUCUUGCAGAAGGGGAAUGUCAGGAGCUUCCUUUGGUGAUUCUGGAGAACUGUAAUGAAUUUUCCUGUCCUGAUUGGGCCACUAGUGAGUGGAGUGAGUGCCUUGUAACAUGUGGCAAAGGAACAAGGCAGCGACAGGUUUGGUGUGAACUACAUGAAGAUCACUUGACUGAUAGCUAUUGUAAUACCAGUACCAAACCAGAGUCCCUGAGACCAUGUGAGCUCCAGAAAUGUGCUUUUUGGCACAUAGGACCAUGGGGUUCUUGCACAGCCAUUUGUGGACAUGGGUAUCAGAUGCGUGCUGUUAAAUGUGUCAGUAAGUUAUUUAGUAUCGUGGUAGAUGACCGAGAAUGCCAUGGAACCAGCCGACCAAGUGACAGGCAGGAUUGUAUAGUUGCACCUUGUCCAGUUUAUCCUGAAGUUGGGGUCACUUCCUUGCCAGCUGUUCCUGUGGGAAAGGAAGCACAGUGGCGACAUGGAUCUUGGACUCCUUGCUCUGUGUCUUGUGGAAGAGGUCAUCAAGCCCGCUAUGUUAGCUGCCGAGAUGCGCUCGAUGGAGUAGCAGAUGAAUCACUGUGUGCUCACUUACCCCGACCUGCAGAAGUGUCAGUCUGCGAGAGACCUUGUGGAGAAUGGCAAGCAGGGGACUGGUCACCUUGUUCAGCUUCAUGUGGCCAUGGGAAAACAACUCGACAGGUUUUGUGCACCAGCUACCACCAGCAAAUUGAUGAGAAUUACUGUGACCCUGAAGUUCGCCCCGUGACUGAACAAGAAUGUAACCUGGUGACUUGCCUGUCCAUGAACAGCCACUUACCUAGUUCUGAGCAGCCUGGCCAUUUUCCCACUAGAAAUGUUCUGUUAACUCACAAACCAGAGGAGACUCUGAAUCACGGGAUCCAUCAUUCAACUGGAGGAAACCAGUGGAGGACAGGACCAUGGGGAGCAUGCUCCAGCAGCUGUGCUACAGGUCUUCAGCACAGGGUUGUGGUUUGCCAGGAUGAAGAUGGACAAAGUGCCAGUUACUGUGACCCAGCCUCUAAGCCCCCAGAAUCAAAGUACUGUGACUCAGGACCAUGCCCACAGUGGAACUAUGGGAACUGGGGAGAAUGUACACAAACAUGUGGUGGAGGAAUAAAAUCAAGAUUUGUAAUAUGUCAAUUUCCCAAUGGCCAAAUGUUGCAAGAACACCACUGUGAAAUCUUACACAAGCCGCCUAGUGUAGCACAGUGUCAUGAGCAUGCCUGUCCUGAUGAUGUGUCCUGGCAUCGGGGACCAUGGAACUUGUGUUCAGCCUCUUGUGGUAGAGGUAUAAAGUAUCGGGAGGUAUUUUGCACUGACCAAUUCCAAGGGAAAUUAGAAGAAAAAUACUGCAGUCAUCUGAGGAAACCUCGAACUCACAAAGCCUGCAGAUCAGCCCGAUGUCCCUCAUGGAAAGCCAAUAGAUGGAAGGAGUGCUCUGUGACCUGUGGCUAUGGGGUUCAGCAAAGAGAUGUGUACUGCAGAAUGAAAGGCACUGGUCGAGUAGCUGAGGAAAUAUGUGAUCCAUCCACACGGCCUUAUUUUCAGAGGCCAUGUUGGCAUCAAGACUGCACGCUGUACCAGUGGAUGGCAGGACGGUGGCUGGAUUGUUCAGCAUCAUGUAAGAAAAAAGAGACAUAUCGGCUAGUGAAAUGUAUUAAUGCACAAAAUGUGCCAGUGAAUGAAAGUUUCUGUGAUCCUUUAUCUAGACCACUUUCAACCAAAAGGUGCAGGAAUCUUUUCUGCAAGUAUGUGGUGGUAACUGGAGACUUAUCACAGUGUGCAAGUAACUGUGGUCUCACAACAAAGGAUUACCAACAAAGGAUUACGUCUUGCAUUGGGGUUCGGUCUACUAAGAAACAUAAACUAAAUCAGCUUUGGCCUAUAGUCUAUCAAGAAUGCCCUGCGCUGCUCUCCUCUCAGGUUCACAAAUGUGAUAUUAGAGGUUGCCUGCAUGUGGCCACUUGGAAUGUUGGAAAAUGGAGCAAGUGUUCAGUGACCUGUGGAACUGGAAUAGCUGAGAGAAGAGUAGAAUGCAGGACUGAAAAUGGUCAACCCAGUGACUUAUGCUUAAAACAUCUAAAACCAGAUACUCAAAAGAAAUGUUAUGCUAAUAACUGUAAAUCGUUUACUACCUGCAAAGAAAUCCAAGUCAAAAACAAUGUUUCCAAGGAUGGUGACUAUUACCUUAACAUCAAGGGAAGAAUAAUAAAGAUACAUUGUUCAGGUAUGCAGCUGAAGAACCCCAGAGAGUAUUUACCACUGGUCAAUAGAGAAGACAACUUUUCUGAAGUAUAUGGCUUUAGACUGAAAAAUCCAUAUGAAUGCCCAUUCAAUGGAAGUAGGAGGCAAGACUGCGAAUGUAAAAAUGAUUACUUAGCUGCUGGAUACACUGUCUUCAACAAAGUAAGAAUUGAUCUCACUUCCAUGCAAGUCAAAACCACAGACCUUCUUUUUUCCCAGACAAUCUUUGGAAGAGCAGUUCCCUUUGCCACAGCUGGAGACUGCUACAGUGCUGCCAGAUGCCCACAGGGACAGUUCAGCAUUAACUUGGCGGGAACUGGGAUGAAGAUAUCCAGCAUGGUAAAGUGGCUCACUCAGGGGAGGUAUGCCUCCGCCAUCAUCCACAGGUCUCACGAUGGAAUUAAAGUGUACGGCAGAUGUGGAGGGUUUUGUGGGAAAUGUGUUCCUCACAUGGCUACUGGUCUCCCAGUUCAAGUAAUCUGA